AUGAAUUUGGGGGAAACAAUGCUUUUAUAUAGUGUUCUUUUAGAUAUUUUAGCGCUUACGUUAAUAACGAUAGGAGUGGUGUUUCGGAAAUCAAAUUAUGGAGUUUCAUCCCCGUCUCACACGCUACAUUUUAUAGUGAUUGCACUGAAGCUGUUCAGUGAUAUAGUUAUCAAGCCGUGCAACAAUAUUGAUUUAUUUAUUUUGAUAACCCUGUGUACUACGAUUCCUUUGGCAUUUUUAAGCUGUUUCUUUUGGUGGUACUUCCCUACUAACCAACGACGAUCUACUCCCAAAAUUUAUGUCGCAAUAUUAUAUGGAUCAUAUAUCUACAUUGUCUACCUAUUUAUUUCUGAUGAUAAAUUUAUUCCAAGGGUGAUGCUACGUUUUUGUCUAUUUUUACAAAUGGUAGAGUACCUUCCACAAGUACGAAUGGUUGUAAAAGCAAAAAAAAUCGAUUUGCAUGUUGCAGCGUACCUGGGGAUAUUGUUCCUUUCCAGAAUCUGUUAUAUGGUUUACGUCGCAUACCGUUACGACAAUCCAAUUAAAAUGUAUGCUAAAUUUCUGCUUUGCAUUAAUAUCUGCACUAUGGCGUUUAUUUUAAUAUUCUUAUUGUUUUCUAAUGUUAAAAUGUUACCAUUAGUAGAAAAUAAGCAUGCCAAUAGUCCAUUAGUUGAAGAAUGUACUGAAAAAAAUUUCCUUCAU